AUGGAUCAGCGGCCGGCGAUUGUGAUCGCAGGCCUCGGGUGCGAGACCUCAAUUUUCACACCGUCCAGAACGCAUUUGCCUGCUUUCCAUGCAAAACGCGGCCUUGAAAUCAUCGACACAUAUCCCUUCAUCGACAAGGAUGCCCCUCUCGGGAAGAGGGCGGAUUGGCACGGAGCCCUGAUUGCUAGGGCGCUGCCAGGAGGGGUUGUAACGCGUGCUUCUUUCGAGGAACUCGCCGGCGAGAUCGUUGAGCGCCUGAAAGCGAUUGUAUCGUCAACCACUAUCCAUGGACUAUGGUACGAUAUCCAUGGCGCCAUGUGCGUCGAAGGCAUUGACGACUCCGAAGCAGAGCUUCUGCGGCGCAUCCGACAAGUUGUUGGUCAUACCGUGGUUGUGUCAGCGUCCAUGGACUUGCAUGGCAAUGUAAGUCGCGAACUGGUGCACGAGACAGACCUCAUCACCUGUUACCGCACAGCCCCGCACGUCGACGUGCUUGAGACCAAGGAGAGAGCUUGCCACAACUUGGUCGAGCUACUCACAAAGGCUCCUGCUGGAAGGAGGGCAGACGGCAGUCCUGUGCUGCCACUCAAAGCAUGGAUCCCUAUUCCAGUCCUACUUCCAGGCGAGCAGACUUCCACGCGUGUGGAACCCGCGAAGCAUAUUUAUGGGGCCGUUCCUGGGGCAGAGUCAAAGUGUGGUGUGAUCGAUGCUGCGAUUUGGGUUGGCUAUCCAUGGGCCGAUGAACCACGAAACCGUGCGGUUGUCGUUGUAACGGGCUGGAACGAAGAGACGAUCCAGCAUGAAGCGGAGAACCUUGCCCAAGUUUUUUGGGAUGCGCACGAGGACUUCGACUUUGUCGGGCCAACAGGAUCCUUCAACGAGUGUCUCGACGAGGCUGUAGCAUCGGACAAGCAUCCGUUCUUCAUUAGCGAUUCGGGCGACAACCCAACCGCCGGAGGAAGCGGCGACAUGACCUGGGGUUUGAUGCACCUGCUGGCUCGUUGCGAGUUCAAACACCCUUCCGGUCCAACGGUGAUUUACGCCAGUGUUCCCGGUGCUAAAGCAGUCCGCACGUGCAUCGAUGCAGGGAUAGGUGCAACCGUCACAGUGACCGCCGGCGCUGAGGUGGAUGAUAUUCAUUCGGGGCCAAUCACCCUUACGGGUCGAGUGCAUUCAAUCAAACACGGAGACAGAGAUGCUCGCAUCGAGGUUGUCCUACAAGUAGGCAAUGUCUUUGCCAUCCUCACUGAACUCCGUAAGCCGUACCACCACGAGCAUGAUUUCACGGAUCUCAACCUCAAGCCUCGGGAAGCGGAUAUUGUCAUUGUCAAGAUCGGUUAUCUGGAGCCAGAAUUGCAUGACAUGGCGGCUGACUGGAGACUUGCCCUCUCGCCUGGUGGCGUGGAUCAAGAUCUGAAGAGACUUGGGCACAACCGCAUCCACAGACCCAUGUACCCUUUCGACAACUUCGACAAAGCACCUCACCUCUCGGCCCGCAUCAUUCAACCUUCGCAUGGACCCCUCUCUGGGAUAUACGAGUGACUUUCCAUGUGACUGAGAAACUCUUCGGCCCAAAGUUGUUACAGCCAGUCGUCGCCUUUCAUGUGUAGGACCUUGUCGCUCAGUUCGAGAAUUGGAUUACUCCAAGGAUUAGGAAAGGAUGAUACAAGACAAUUUCUGCCUGGCUAUUUGGCGGUCCACCUUUGAGUGGUCUGGUCUUCCG